CACGGUUGUCGGUAGCCGCAAAACGAGCGGAUCUUCCUCAUUUUUAAGCGUUAAAAAAUCGAUAAAUAACAAUACUAAUAACACGCCAGGAUGGGGAAAGCGGAUUUUCUGUCCCCAAAGGCCAUAGCCAACCGAAUCAAAUCGAAAGGUCUGCAGAAGUUGCGGUGGUAUUGUCAGAUGUGUCAGAAACAGUGUCGAGAUGAGAACGGCUUUAAAUGUCACUGCAUGUCGGAGUCUCACCAGAGACAGCUGCUGCUGGCCUCCGAGGACCCCAACAAGUUUAUGGACUAUUUCUCUGAUGAGUUUAAGAGUGAGUUCCUGGAGCUGCUCAGGAGACGAUUUGGGACGAAGCGCGUUCACAACAACAUCAUCUACAACGAAUACAUCAGCGACCGAGAGCACGUCCACAUGAACUCGACGCAGUGGGAGACUCUCACCGACUUCACCAAGUGGCUCGGCAGAGAAGGUUUCUGCAAAGUGGACGAGACCCCCAAAGGCUGGUACAUCCAGUACAUCGACCGCGACCCCGAGACCAUCCGCCACCAAGAGGAGCAGGCGAGGAGGAAGAAGCAGGAGCUGGACGACGAGGAGCGGAGCGCCAAGUUCAUCGAGGAGCAGGUCCGCAGAGGCCGCGACAGCAAGGAGACGGAGGAAACUCCAGUUUUCACAGAGCUGAUACGUGAGAGUGAAGAAGAAAAAAUUGCAUUCAACCUCGGAGCUUCUUCAUCGACAGCCGGUUCCUCCAAAUCGAGUUCUGUCCUGGGUGCCAGCGCUCUCAAAGCAUCCACAUCCUCCACCAAGAGGAAAGACCCGUCCUCAGGGUCGGACUCCAGCAGGGCGGAGAAGAAGAAGAAAUCUGCCCUGGAGGAAAUUAAGGAGAUGGAGGAGAAGAGGAGGAUGAAGCAGUCGGUCAGGACAGAUUACUGGCUGCGGCCCGACAUCGUGGUCAAAGUCGUCACCAAGAGGCUGGGAGAGAAGUACCACAAGAAGAAGGCCGUCGUCAUGGAGGUGAAAGACCGAUACGGAGCCGUGGUGAAGAUGGUCGACUCUGGAGACAAACUCAAGCUGGACCAGAAUCACGUCGAGACCGUCAUACCCGCACCGGGUAAACGCGUUGUGAUCCUGAACGGACCACACAGAGACACAGAGGCGGUGCUGGAGGGAAUCGACGAGAAGAACUUCAGUGCUUCACUCACACUCGACUCUGGUCAGCAGAAAGGGAAGAGAGUGGACAUCGCCUAUGAAGAUUUCUCAAAACUGGCCUAAAAAAACCAGAAACCUUUCUGUUUUUGAUUUCAGGCAGCCGCUUGGCUGAAGGACUCUACUGUGUCAGAGUUGACUUCCCCCUGUACACACCUGUACAUAUUAUACAUAUCCCACAAUGCAACACCAGCAGGGUAAAAUGAAUUGAGAGAGCGGUGUGUUCAACUUGUGUUUUUUUUAUUUUGUAUCAAGUUGAUCUUAAAUUUGUAGAUGUACAUUUUCUCAAAAUAAAUUGAUGCAAAGUGA